AUGCUCAUACUCGAAGGCAAAGCUCCGGAAGUGGUCCAUGAGUUUGAGAAAGUUAUCGACAAAAUGCCUGCCAAGUUUCAAAUCAAGAUAACUGAUGCGUUUGAGAGCAACGCAUCAGCCGGCGUGUUUGUCCGAAUGACCUGGGAAGCAUACGCCCGCUUCCUGUCAACCGUGGAUAUGGAGCCGUUACUUCCAGUUGUUGGGCCCUCCCUUAUUCGGGCCCAGCUUCUCUGA